GCAUUUGGCUAGUUAUUCUAAGCUUUUUUCCGACGCACAAUAAAGCCAGACUAUGCAAACUAAGUCCAGUGUUCACAGACAUCGCUCCUCCCUUUACUGUAACCAUACCUGUCCGUUGGGGCUGCCAUUUAAUUGACUCUUGGAGUGUUUCCAUGAGAUUGUUGUCGGAGUGAGAGUAAGCUUGCCUUCGCUUUCAGUAGAAAUGAUACUGUAACACGAGCGCCUUCAGUUCAGUUUUGACGCACUCUCGGAGACGUGCGCGACAAAGUCACUUGCGUUUAUCGCUCAUCCACUCGUUUUAUUUUACGCGUGUUUUCACAUGACCUGUCUCACCGGGAAUGAACAAAUAACUGAGCGACCAUUUACGCGUUUUCCGAGCACCACGCGAGUGUUUUGUGUACGAGGAGCAGAUAGCAAGUGUUCUGCGUUUGUCUAUGAACGGCAUCAUCUAUGAGCUACAAUGGAACGGAAUCAAAAAUCUGUAAGAAUGCUGAUAAUCACCUGUCUUUUGAUCAUUUUGGUUCGAGCAUCAACAGCAAAUGACAGUAGCUUGAGGAUGUGUGGAACAUGGCGCCAUGGCAACGCAUCACAAACUCUGAAGUAUGAUUUGAAAACAGGCUGUGAGAAAAUUGAGAUUUCAGCCAGUGAGAGCACACUUUCUAUUCAGGGCAGUAUCACAGCCAAGUGCACACAAUCUUCGUUCAUUAAUCUAGAUUUAAAACCUCUUGAAAAUCAAAGUCAGUUCUGUGUGUUCUGGGAUCCGCUGCUGGACCUGCUGAUAGUACAGGUGAAUGGACAGAAACACACUCUGUGUCCACCGAAUGGCCUUCAAGGAUCGUGCUGCACUCACUUCUCACAAGAGGAUCAAGAAAAUGCUGCUCUGUAUGGUAUUGCGAAUGGCAGCAUCCACGGUGAUAUCAUCAGACAUGAUGUUGUGGGAAAAUAUACAUUUAGAGGAGAUUCAAUCGACUGCAAGAAGGAAUUGUGUGAUGAGGCAAGUAUGAAGCCCAAUGGAGCAAACAUGAUAGAGAAAGCAGUGAUGAAAUCCAAUACAACAGGUCAGGUGAAUCUACUUUGUGCUCAGAGCAAAGUCAUUGAGAUGGAUCAUGGUUUCACAGGACUCAGUUUCACUCUGCAAGGCCCUCGAAAUACAAACAGGACACCCACCGUUUAUCUUCCCUCCUGCCUGAACUCUAAGUCAAGGAGAAAAUCCAAAGUGGUGUGUACUUACUACAAGAACAAGACCUUAUUUCAGGGGGGGUCGUCUGAUGUAGUUCUUCUGGAUGACAUAGUUGGACUCUCAGUGGAGAAUGAGACCAUCAAAAACCUCCCAGAACCUGUCAAAAUCAGGUUUCGUCACUCUACUCUCCCACUUAACCAUUCUAGAAGAUGUGUUUCAUGGGACACAAAAGAAGAUAUUAACGUGACUUGGAGAUAUGACGGCUGUACGACUGUUGAUAUUAAUGAAGGAGAGACAGAAUGUCACUGUAAUCACCUCACAUACUUUGCCAUCCUUGUGCAAGUGGAACAGAAGGCUACAGUUCGCCAUCUAAAGGCUCUGACGUUCAUUACCGCUGUGGGCUGUGCCUUGUCCUUAGUCAGCUGUUUGGUUCUCUUCUAUUGGCUUUGUAAACGCAGAGGGAAGAAAACGCAGAUCUCACUGGUGCACCGUGGUCUAGUGGUGGCGAUAUUUCUUCUGUGCUUGUUCUUCAUUCUUACUGGUACACUGGCCAAUGUAGGAAAUGAAAUCGUCUGUAAGAUAACAGGAUCCCUUCUGCAUUAUGCGCUGCUCUGCACCCUCUGCUGGAUGGCCAUGGAAGUGUUUCACACAUUCUUACUGAUCCGCAAGGUGUUCAACUCAACCCUCCCGACGUGGAUAUUUUACUUGGGAGGCUUUGGUCUCCCGGUUAUGCUAGUCGGUAUACUGCUCUCAAUAGGGGAUAUAUAUGGCAAAAGGAGUAUUGUACCGAGUGAUGAUGUCCACAAUCCUUACCACAUGUGCUGGAUGUUGAAGAAUGACAAGAGUCUAUUGGCUCAUUACAUCAUUAAUGUUGGCUUACUGGCUGUUGUGGUGAGCUCUGGUGCAGUCAUGCUUUUCGUUGUGGUGAGGGAGAUCCGCAACCGACCUGACUGGAAGAAGAUACAUGUGGCUUUUCUCAGUAUAUGGGGUCUCACCUGUCUGUUCGGCACAACUUGGGGCCUGGGUUUCCUGGAUUUUGGCCCCCUGUCAGAGGCCAUUCUCUUCCUCUUCUGCAUUAUCAAUUCCUUACAAGGAUUUUUUCUCAUGCUGCGAUACUAUGCUCUUGAUCGGAUGAAGAAUGAUGAUAGGUCCAUUUCGGAUAGGAGCAGUUCUGCAUCUUCAAAACAGCAGAUGUUACAGACUCAUGAAAAGAGUUAAAAGUCUGGUGAUGCUCAAACAGUGUUUCUCUGAAAUUGCCAAAUUUCACUUCUUUCAGAGAUGUUACCAUGAAAGAUUAUUCACAAGGGGCAUUUAUUUUGUAAAGAUAUUUUCUCAUCCUGCAGGUCAGGGUGUGAUAAAUUCUUUAGAUGGCAUUGCACUGAUAUUGGAUACCAGAGUGUGCCAGGUAAUGGAGCAUAAAUGCUUCACCUGUCAUAAGCUGUAUUUUGUGUAUUCAUAUUCAUAGUUUGUCUCAGCCUUGCACUUUAGCUUUUUUUUACUGCUGUAUGAAACUGCUGUAUUAUUUGUGAGAUGAUAAUAGGAGUUCUUGCAAAUUGCUUUUAAUAAUAAUAAUAAUAAAAAAAUUGUGGUCAAAAAGUUGAGUUGUGUAAGAUUAGUUAAGGCAAUUUUGUAAGUAGAAACUGCCAAAAUGUCCUUUCCUCAUGUAUUUUCUGGAUUAAGGUAAAUGAGCUAAGCAAACACUGUAUUAGUUCUGUCAGAUGUAACUGUAGGCUGCACUUUUGUUCAUUCUUCAGAGUUUUGUAAUGAAAUGGAGUUAAGCACAAACUUUCUUAGCUUUUCUUUUCCUGUUUUACGUAUUUGUAACGUAUGUGUAUUUUGGUUGGAAUAUUAUAAUAUAGAAUAUAUAAAUAAAUAUUUUUGUUUUUUGCUUAUUUUCUUUUCUUUACCUUUUUAAACAAGUUAAAUUGGACAUCUUUUACAGAACCAGACAGAAAACCCAACAUAAUAUUGAUAAAAAAAAUAUAUAUUAUAAAUAACUUUUGUUAGAAAAUGCCAAACAGCCCUGAUCUUUUACUGUUUUGAAAUAUAUUUUCGAGCAUGUUAUUUAUUCAAAAUGAGCAGAAACUUUGUUUGAUCCAUUAAAAAGAGAAAUUAAUUGAAGAGAGUUACUGGAGUUCGCUUGUGUAAACAAACACUGAGGAGGGUGAAUGCAGAGAUGUAAAGUGAAAACAAAGGCAACAUUUUCCAUUUAAAAGCCAAGGGAUGUCAAACAACAGAAAGAAUGAAUGACCAUUAAACUAGCUAAAUCAAUUAGAACUGUAGCAUAUAAAAAAUAAUAUGAGGUGGGUGUGAAUCAGAAUAUUAAGAAUGAUCAUUGGGUUGAGAGAGGCGACCUCUGGUGGGAGCUGUAUGGAGCUGCAGUCUCAGCGCCUCGGCGGGAAUAUUAGACCUGUGAGCGUCUAUCAACCUUGCUACUGAAAGUUUGUAUGUUCUUCUACGCAAAAUUCCUCAAAUUGUAAUCGUAUAGGGAAUCUAUGUUAAAGCCAAGUUUUUUAUUAUUAUUAUUCAUUUCACACAUAUAGGCUACUCACCGGGAUAUGUUUUAUGUCUUUGCUGUGAUAUUUGAUGCAUGUUCCAUGCCAUUGUUGAUUGGGUUGAUGAACUAUCAUCCAAGUCCCAGUGCUCUUGUGGACUAUUGGACUCGAGCAUAUUUCCACCUAGAAUUUUUCUGUAUCCAUCCAUUAUUUAUCUUCAUGGUUUUACCAGUCACCUUAGCAGAUAGCAUAUCCUCAAAGCUUGAUGCCACCACCACCACCACUAUUGAUCACAGUCAGAAUUCACUUUACUGACAUACUGGCCAAAUAAGUUGAAUUUACCAAGGAAUUUGCAAUUGUGGUUUGCUCCAACCGCCAGUCAUAUAAGGUACUUUUUGUAUGACAUUGCACAGAACAUACAAUAUAUACAUAACCAAUGCACAAUAUAUUUGUAACUAUUUGUUCACAUUUCUAACAAAUCCCUUUACAUUUUCCCCCAGAAAACAUUCAAAUACAAUGUAUCACACCCCUAUGAACUCUGUUUACGCCCCAGGUUGUUGUCAUGGUUACUGAUUGGAUCUUUUGACAUAUAAGUGGUCAUUGUACAGUAAAAACAUCCCGUAGGUUUCAUAACUUUCUUGUUAGACUUCUUUUAUUGAAGCCAAUCUGCCAAAACGACAGGUUGUAGAAUGUGCCACUUUAGACCUCAGUGAACAGUAAGUUUUCUGUAAAGGGGCUUUGAAACAUGUAAUAUGAAAGUUUUAUAUUAAUAAAGGUGAACUAAACUUGGUUACUAUACAGUUUUGAUGUUAUGGACACUGACAGUUAAAGGAGCCAUUGCAGUAUUGGCCUUGUUACUAGGUCACUUAACUGUUACAGUGACCAUUUCACACAUUUUUACUGUAGCAUUUUAAAGUUAUGGACCCACGUUUAGCAGAUUUGACACUGCAAUAGGAGAAAAUUGAAUUAUUGGCCCAAUUGGAGUACCCAUAACUGCCUUUUGAGGGUGUGUGUUAAAAAAAUCCACUGGGGCCUUACUCCCUGGGUACUUGACUGUUUUUUAGACAUUUAUACUGUAGCAUUUUCAUUGUGUGUGUAUUUGUAUUCCCCCUGCUUAAAUUCAGUUCCAUCUGUGUUUGUGGAUUACCUUUGUGUGGGAUUAAAAUACUUUCUAAACUUU